UCUCUAUAUUAUAAAUUGUUAAUAGGCUAUGCUAUAGAAACUUCAUACUUGAGGGACAAUGACUCAUUGUUCAUUAUUUUGCGUAAAUUUACAAUUUCUAAGAACAAAUCACCUCACUCGCUUGAUAUAAAGUUUUACCAUGUUUGAGUGUAUUUUAUUCUGAAAGCUACUACAGGAAGUCAUAGUAUCUACUCCAGCAUUGGAUGCACACUCCCGAUUUCGAUCAUGACAGAGCGGGAAACUUAAUGGAGAGCAUCAAUGGCCGGUGGUAGACAAACUGAGGAGGCUAUUGCUAUUUUGAGGAGGCUACUGGGUUCACCCGACCUAAUAAAAUGUCUGGUAAACCAAGACGCCUCUGGAAGUACAAGCAGUAACGUUUCGGUGAACAAUGAGAAUGAGCGUAUUGUUUAGGCCAAACCAAUGCCUAAAUGUGAAUAUGAGGAGUGAACCGCUCCUUGGACCCGUAGCUGAACAGACCCCGCUCUUUCACGCCAGGCGAUUUAGCUGCUGGGGUAGGAAGGCAAAGAGAAGACCACGACUGCCAUACCACCGCGAAACUCCUUUUUUUAAGGAUGUAAUACUGCUCUUCAGCCCCCGUGACAAAAAAGUCCCAAGGAAAAAAGUGAAGGCACUCUUACAUGAAAAGGGCCACAUAAUAAGUGCGCUACAACUUGAUAAAACAUGGGACAACAGGACACUGCUGCUCAAACCGCACGAGGCCUUUGAUGGGAGGAUCCCCUCUGACGUAAGUUUGGAGAUUCUUAUGCCUUGUGGGAAUAAACUGGUCCCACCCAGACUUGGCAAAGGCCAGCUUUUAGAUGCUUCCAUGGUGCACAAGAUCUUCAUUAGAUCUCCAGUGUAUGUGAGACCGUCAGUGGCCCUUGAGCCUGUGAUACAAGAAGACACUGAUACAAGCACAGAAGAAGAUGAGUGGGUGAAAGAGGAGGAUGUAUUUGUCCCAGCCACCGCAAAUUCCCCGGUUUCAGACAGAAACCCACACGGAGUCCAAACCCGCUCAUCCCAGCCCUCCACAAGUGGCCAGACCCUCCAUCACUGGCCAGACCCUAGAGUUCAAGUUGAUGUUUCAGCAACUGCUAAUUCCCAAGUUUCAGGCAGCAACCCAGAAGAUGUGCAAACCCCCUCAUCCCAGCCCCCCACAAGUGACCAGACCUUAAUACAAUGGCAAAAUGAUUAUGGAACUUAUGUGAAUUUGAUAAAUGAGACAACAGAUGAUGAGGAUGACGAUGACCUGUACGCUAUUAUUGCCAGCGUUGAGGAGAAGACGCAACCAAAAGAACGGGUCCCCAUCAGUGAAAUACUGGGUGAACUCGGCGACCAAAUUGAUAACACUCAAGUGUGCAAGUUCAACAUCAAUCUUUCUGCAGUCCUCGAUGGGGCAUUAAGGGGAUUCAGACGGCUCUCCUACGACCCAAAAAAGAAGACGUUCAUAAAGUUUUCGGACGACAGGGGAACCACAGAGGAGGCUGUAGACCUUGGUGGCCCUCGCAGAGAGUUUCUGCGUUUGUUGAUAAAAGCAUUGGCAGAUUCAGACAUGUUUAGUGGACCAGAGGGAAAUCUCAACUUGGCUCUAAGUGCUUCUGCUGUGCGGGAUGACAGAUAUUUCAUUGCUGGCAGAGCAAUAGCUGUCAGUCUGGUGCAUGGAGGUCCUCCACCUUGUUUCCUCUCAAGAACACUGUUUACCUGUUUAACAGAGGGACCUGAUGCAUGCUGUCCUGUGCUGGAGGACAUCACAGACAUUGACCUCUACAGUAAACUAAAAAAGAUCUCUGAAGCCAAAACACUGAAGGAGCUGCAGCAGUUUGCAGAACCACUCACUGAUUACCUAGCCAAUGCUGGCUGCUUGAGACCUCUCACAAGCCUGGCAGACAAGGACAAACUGGUGGAAGAUGUCCUCAUGUUUCAAGUGGUCCAGCGUGUCCGUGGUCCCCUGGAAAGGUUUUCUGAUGGACUGAAAACACUUGGAGUCCUCAAGAAAAUAAAACUUCAUCCUGAAGCCUUUCGCCCAGUCAUGUGCUACAGCCCUGGAACCCUGACUGCUGAAAUUAUGGAAGAGCUGUUUGACAUAAGAUGGUCAGAGGUGGGAAGUAACAACAGGGCAGAUGAAAACAGGGUGGUAGCCUACUGGAGGGACUACUUGCAGGAUGCUGAAGAGGAGGAAGGACCUGCAAAGCUGGGAGACAUCUUGGCAUUUGCAGCAGGAUGCCAUGUGGCGCCCCCUAUUGGUUUUUGUCCAGAACCAUCGCUAGAAUGCCAGAGAGGGAGAUACCCAAUAGCAAACACAUGUAUAAACUGUCUCAAAAUACCUCUCCCUAAGUCCUAUGAUGAUUUCAAAAGAAACAUGGACUUUGCAAUCCAAAACACUCAGGGUUUUGGAAUGGAGUAAAAAUUCUUACCAUUCGUAGUGAGCAACGGUCUUGAGUUCUUGGUGUUCAAAAUUAUGUCAUGCCACACACCUGUCUGGUUGUCAUUUCUGUAUUAUCACUAUUUUUACAGGAGUAUAACAUUUCUGACAUCAGUAUUUGCACUUAAAAAUACAAGUUGCAUUUCUUGAAACAGUUUGAGUGUUAAAAGUUUUAUUACAUUAGGACUGAAAUUCAAAUGUGGUAUCAAAUUCUACAACUACAAAUUGUUUCUUGUGACUGUUCUCUGCAACUGCAAAUUCCACUGCCAGAUAUUUACUUACUUUGUCCAAACAAUAAAUUCACAUUAGCACAAGGUACUAUGGAAUGCAAAGUAACAAUGAAAAACAGUCGACAUGUUCUAUCUUAUCUCUCAGAAAACAACAUAAAUUAACUCAUUACGGUCAUCUUUGUGAGCUUUGAUUGGUCUUACCUCUGAACAGUGCUCACCUCUCUGGCUCUACAAUUACAAAUCACUUGCACCACAUCUCAAAAUGAUGAUUGCCCAAAUUUGAAAUGAGUUUCUUAAUUUGACAUGUAGAAUAUAAUUUGUGCACCUGAAGAAUUUGAGAGUACUCUUGUAUAAUGUUUGAGAGAAAACUACAGAUUCAGUUAUACUCAUUUUAAUUAUUUUGUGCAACUCCAAAUUCCAUUGUCAGUGAUCUUUUGUUUUUCUUUAAUAAUAUAUUCAUUGUUGAGUCAGAUAAAAUCUUAGCAGAGACUGAAAGCCAACCCUUCACCUGUAGGCCACUACUGUUUAUUUUCAAGGAAAUUUACAAGUGUUACAAAUAAAUUAAUGCCAUGGUUACCAUCCUCA